AUGACUUCAACUCCCCUCGCUAAUUUCCCUCUCGAUUGCUGGAUACAGACACUCGAGUAUCUGCCAACACGGGAUUUGGAUAAUCUGUCAAGGGUUUCUCGUGACACUCGAGCCUCAACUGAGGCUUUUCUGUAUCGGUCAAUUCACUGGGAUUGGAAGAAUCCACCGAUUCACAAAAUCAUGUUACUCCUCCGGACUAUCUCAGAGCGGCCAGAGUUGGCUUAUUACGUCUGGCAUGUCAGUCUUGUGUGGUGGGAUGUGGAACAGUCCUCAAAGGAAACGGGGGUUUUCAUCCCCAAAGGAAAUAUCGACUGGACCAAGAUAACACUACAGUGUAGGCCUGCUUUGAGAUGGGCCCGGAAGGUUGUUCGAGACGCGAAAUUCCCGGAAAAGCUCCAUGCCAAAUUACUCGCACGACUGUUUCAUGGAGACGCCUACUUCUACGCCACACUGCUGGUCUCGCAGCUUCAUAACCUUCGCAGCCUUCGACUAGACUUUUCAUUCGUGCUUGAAGGGGGCUUUCCUGGGGAAAUGCUGCAUCAUUCUCUCUUCGGCAACGCACCCCCUGGCGUAUUGACUCGAUUCUCAAGACUAGAAAUGGUCGACUAUGGGAGCAAUUCACCUCUCACAGAACUCAACUACCGUAACAAUAGCAAUCUUCAUGGAUCCUAUCAAUUCAUGCCUUGGUUCCACCUUCCUUCCUUGAAGAUUCUCGAGAUAUGGCUCCAUAACGUGGAGGGAAUCUGUGUCUUCUCUAGGCAGAUGCCGAAAACAUCGUUGAAUUUGUCAAACCUGCGCAGCCUUGUUAUUGCCAAGUCAUCUGUGUUGGCUGCGGAUAUCGCGAGACUACUGUCUCAAGUGCCAUAUCUGGAGUCCUUACAUUUAGGCAUGGGCUACCAAUGCCGGGAAAUAGCCGAGUUUUUCAAGGAGCCCGAGCGCCUCCUUCGUUCAUUGGAAACUUCGAGUCAAACGAUGAAACAUCUUUCUCUCGGCCUGGAGCUUUUACCAUGUUGUACAGAAACUUUCCGUCUGCGUGUGACGAACGGAACAGGUGGUAACCCAUUUCACGGCAUUUUGAACAAGUUUCCCAAGCUACAAACGGCAUCUUUACCUCUCAAUUUUCUCACUGGUUGGGAGACAACGGCUUAUGAACUUCAAGAUGUGCUGCCGCCAACUCUCGAAGCCCUUCAUAUACGGUCUGAUCUCUGGCGAAACUCAGGCCUAAUUGAAUUCGAACUGGAAACACUCAAAGCACUCAAAUUGUUUUUGAGACAUAAAGAGAAUGGCACCCAUCCUUUGCUUAGAACUUUCUCCUACCCAAAACAGCAUGAGUAUGAUGAAGAUGAAAUCCAUGCUCUGGGCUUGGAGGCCAGUUUUGACUUCUUGGUUCAACGGGAAGCAAUACAUCUAUUCUCCUUCAGGAGAGGGUACAAGGUGUUUUCCCGAUAUGAUGACUGUGCACCUGGUUUCAUGCUGAAGAGUGCGACCUGUGUAGACAAUGUCGUUUACUGGCUCCCUUGGCCGUUCGUCAGGGUUGAUGAGCUCCCAGCAAGCAUGCCUCGAGAGUCUAUAUCGACAUUUUCCAACCCACGUGACUCAACUGAUGCGAAUCUACCUGAUUUGGAAUCCAUUGACUCCAACUGA